AUGGAUGGUUCUCGGGUAACUGACACUACGAAGAGAUCUAAUCCACAAUCAAAUCCCGAAUAUGAGCCUAAGCCACCACCACAUAGCGAACCUCCGCAGAAUCCACAACCUUCUCAGCAUACCCAGCAUCAUCACCAGCACCAACAUCGACAUCGACAUCGAUCUCAACACCAAAAUUCUAACAUUGAUAGGUCAUACACACCAAAACUUAAGUUUACAAAUUUUUCUGCCCAGGCUCCAAUAGUGACAAAAUAUGUAACAUCUAAAUUUUUGAGACACGAUUUAGAGCAAGAAGGAUCAAAAGUUAUUGUUAUACAUCCUGGAUCAAAAUAUCUUAAGAUCGGGCGUGCUUCCGAAGCUUUUCCUUACAUAGUUCCGAAUGUUAUUGCACGACAAGUGACAAAUUGGAAGCAAGACGACACGGAAAAAAUGAAUAUUGAUGACAUUCAAAAUGAAAAUGUUAAAAAUGAGAAUGUAAAGGAUAAAAAUAAUAGUGAGAAGGAAGACAAGGAUUUGAUGAACGAGAAUAAUGAUUCAACUCCUGAGAAUUGGUCAGGUUCGCGUCGGCCUGUAGCAAAUGCACAAACACAAGUUUUAUCUUUUAAUAAAUCAUCUCAACCAGAAAUAAUUGCCGAUCAUAAUGAUCCAUAUAAAGUUGAUUGGACAAAUGUUGAAGAAGGUAUUGAAUGUUAUGUUGGAGAAAAGGCACUUCGUCUUGCCAAUUCAGAAAAUGACUAUAAAUUAUUCUAUCCUAUACAACAUGGGGAAUUUAAUUCUAGAGAUUAUAAUUCAAUAAAAGCAGUGACACAUUCUGUUAUACUUAUUAUUCCUGAUGUAUAUAAUCGUUUAUACGUGUCUGAGAUGGUAACGAUGUUGCUUCGAUAUAUGGAAUUUCGUCGUGUAUUUGUAGCGCAAGAAUCUGUUUGUGUUAGUUUUGGCGCUGGAAUUUCUGUUGCAUGUGUCGUGGAUAUUGGGGCACAAACAACCUCCGUUACUUGUGUGGAAGAUGGAAUGUGCAUUCCAGAUUCCAGAAUAUGUCUUCAUUAUGGUGGGGACGAUAUUACAACAUUUUUCAUAAGAUUAUUACGAAAGAGCAAAUUUCCUUAUUCCGAAAUUGAUUUAAACCGGAUGUACGACUGGUUGCUUGCGGAAGAAAUGAAAGAGAAAUUUUGUACACUGGAUGAGGCAAAUCUUUCAAUACAAUUAAAUGAAUUUUAUGUGAGAGCACCCAAUAAUCCAACAAUAAAGUAUCAAAUUAAAACAUAUGAUGAUGCCAUUAUGGCUCCCAUGUGUAUUUUUUAUCCUCAUGUAAUCAAUUUCCAAAAAAAAUUAGCGGAAUUUCCUCCAAAAUUUGUAUCUCAAGCAAUAGAUGAUAUAACUGAAGGUGUUAUUGCAGCCACUGUGCCUCCACCAGGUCCUGUGGCGCAAAAGCCAAAAUCAUCUGCUUCAACUCAAAUUAAAUCAUCUUUUCCAUCACCUUCACCUCAACCUCGGGAUAGUCCGGGUCCAGCUACACCUCUUAGACUUGACAAUGUAACUACAUCCACAAACGGUCCUUCUACUCCAUCUGCUACAACAUCAUCGACACGUAAUCACAAUGGAUUUCAUUUAGAACCUACAACAACACUUCCGCUUGAUGAUGCUAUAAUUCAAAGUAUUAAUGCAGCAACUGGUGAAGAUAGAGUAAAAAAAUUUUAUUCCAGUUUAUUAUUGGUUGGCGGUGGUGGACUUAUCCCAGGAAUCCAUAAAAUGUUGGAAGAGCGUUUAUCUGUACGACAAGCUUCUGAUAAAUUUGAAGUGCUCGGUUCACCAAGAGAUAUGGACCCAAGAUUGUUGGCAUGGAAAGGUGGAUCAGUAAUGAGUAAAUUAGAAAUAGUUAGUGAAUUAUGGAUAAAUUCUGGUGAAUGGGAGGAAUUGGGAGUAAGAUGUUUAAGAGAAAAAGCUUUGUUUGUAUGGUGA